CUUCGUUUUUCAUAAGGUCUUUCUGUGGGUCCUGAAUCCUUUUGAAGGAAGGACUCCAGUCGGUGGUGUCGUGUCAGGGGUUCACAAGUGAUCAGUUUGGACACACACACACACACACACACACACACACACACACACACACACACACACACACACACACACACACACACACACACACACACACACACACACACACACACACACACACACACACACUUCUCCAUUAGCUCUUAUUUUUAGCGGCAUCUCGUCUGUUAAUCCUCUUAGCUCUUGAUGUCUCCUUCAGUUCUCCUGAUGGCUCCUUAGAGUCCCAAGCUGCUCAGCCCCAGACAGCUGCUGUCUCCGUGGGUCUGAGAAGAGACUCACGGCGGAGCUCCGGAGAGACCAGGAGGGACCGGGAGGGACCGGGAGAGACCGGGAGAGACCGGGAGAGACCGGGAGAGACCGGGAGGGAGCGGGAGAGAACGGGAGAGACCUGGAGAGACCGGGGGAGACAAAGAAGGACCAGUAGUGACCAGGGGAGACCGGGAGAGACCGGGAGUGACCAGGGGAGAUCGUGAGAGACUGGGAGAGACAAAGAAGGACCAGAAGAGACCAGGAGGGACCAGGAGGGACCAGGAGGGACCAGGAGGGACCAGGAGGGACCAGGAGGGACGUGGGUCUGCUGCCGCCGCCCUCGCCCUCCUCCUGGUCAGCAUGUCGGUCCUGGCGCCCACGUUGUGGGCGGACCACAGCCGCUGUGACCUGGAGUUUGAGGACUGGAGCCAGAUCUUUGAGAACCAGACGGAGGGUCCGACCAUGACCGACUGGAACCAGAGCCUCUGCGGCCGCCCCUCGGAGCCCGGGGCCCGCCACAGCUUCCUGCUGCCUCCCAGCGAGGACGAAGAGGAGGAUGACGAGGAUGAGGAUGAAGAGGAUGAGGAUGAAGAUUUCACCGCGGGAGCCAGGAGCCUCCCGAUCCCGUACCGGCUGGUCUGGAUGGACGAGGGGAGCGAUGGUGCGACCUGCGACCAGGACCCGGGCUCCCCCCCCUGGGGGACCGCCAGGGGGUCUGUGGCGGAGCAGCCCGGCCCCCUGGACGCUCUGGAGGUCCUGGAGGAGGAGCAGGAGGGCCGGGACGACACCCGAUGGCUCUAUGAGUCUCCCCAGCAGCAGUCGGACCAGGACGAGGUGGGGGACCCCAGUGUGGCGGCUCUGAGCUGGUCGCGGAGGGUCCUGGACCACCCUAGUCCUGAUAUGGAGGCCGCCUGUAGAGUCCUCAACAACAUCCUGGACAAUAAGUUCAGAGCAGUACACAUCUCGUCCACCAGGGGGCGGCCCAGCAGCACGGUCUACGACUGGCAGACGUCCAGUCAGACAUCAACACAAGCCCACCACAGGGGCGACUGGGACAGCUCGGACUACAGACUGGAAGACUUCAGAUCCCAGGCCUUUAAACAGAAGGACUACAGAUCAGAGGAGUCCACACCAAAGGACUACAGAUCCCAGCAGCCGACGGAUCUCCAGGUGUUGGCCCGGGAACAGGAGGCUAGUCUGCGUGGGGAGCACCCCGGCUACGCGCUGGGGGACAUCAGCCACCUGGACCCCCUGGGGAACGCCUGGUGGCCCCCCGCACCCCCCUCCUGGGGGCCCCCCGCACCCCCCUCCUGGGGGCCCCCGCCCUACUCUAGACCCUCGGCCAAUCACAGGCGUCCCCAGCUGAGGAAGCUCCAGCACAGAGUCACUGAGCUCAAGCUGCUGGCUCUCCUUCAGAGUAAAGAAGCAGCCGUUACCGCCGGCGACGGAGGCCCCGCCCCCCUGCUGAGGACCAGUCUGCGCUCCCUGCAGGCUGUCAGGAAGAGCCGCAGUCUGGAGGGCUCAGACUCUGGCCACGCCCACUCUGGCCACGCCCACCUGGAGGCCCAGUGCCUAACUCCUCCCCCCAGAGCCAGGCGUCAAUCAGACGGGUCUCCUGUCCAUCAGGGGUCCACCGCCUCGAGACGCCUCUCCAGGUCCACCAGGACCCCGCCCCUCUCCCCAGGGGGUCCUCACCCUCACCCCUCCACUCACCCGUCUAGGCCUGGUCGGGUGUCAUCCUCUCCUCACCCCCACCCCACCCCCACCACUCACCCUCACCCCUCCACUCCCCCGUCAGCUCACCCUCACCCCUCCACUCACGCGUCUGGACAUGGUCGGGCGUUCUCCGCUCCGGCUCGGCUGUCUGUGGUGGACUGGCGGUGGAACCGGAGCUCGGUCCAGCGGUAGAGCGGGAGGAACAUGGACUGAGGCUGGGGUUCAGACAUGAGGAGAACCUGGACUGAGGCUGGGGUUCACACACGAGGAGAACCUGGACUGAGGGUGGGGUUCAGACAUGAGGAACAUGUACUGAGGGUGGGGUUCACACACGAGGAGAACCUGGACUGAAGCUUGGGUUCAGACAUGAUCAGGAAC